GAUCCAUCUAAAAAUAAAUGAAUUGAUAAAAAAAAAAGUAACCGACGCGGAUCGAUGUCAAACAUCCUCCUGUAGCCGCCACUGUCUCUGAGAGCUGAAGGGGGAAGGACAAAGGGAUAUAAGUGUCUCGUUUCCGAAAAAAAAGAGAGGACAGCUUGAAAGGAACAGGGCUAGGUAUAAAGCCAGGCUCCCGGCAGAAGGAGAUUAGCGGCGCUGUCCCUCCAGCACCACGGCUGUCACCUUGCUGUCACAGAAAGUCACCGGCGGCAAUUAUCACCGGAUACCGGAUUUCAUCUAAACCAACUGGGCACCUGCAUUUUAUCCGGUUUCGGAGAAGUGUUUUUGUUACGGGGCUCUCCAUCGCUUUAUCGCUGUGAUGCCCGCACCUUGCACAUGAGACAUGCCUAAGGGACGCGAUGGGCCAAGGCGACGACAACGAUCGCAUCGUGAUAAACGUGGGAGGGACGCGGCACCAGACGUACCGCAGCACCUUGCGCACGCUGCCCGGCACCCGGCUCGCCUGGCUCGCCGAGCCCGACGCCCACAGCCACUUUGACUAUGACCCCAAGGUGGACGAGUUCUUCUUCGACCGGCACCCGGGCGUUUUUGCGCACAUCCUCAACUACUACCGGACCGGCAAGCUGCACUGCCCGGCCGACGUAUGCGGACCGCUAUACGAGGAGGAGCUGGCGUUUUGGGGCAUCGACGAGACGGACGUAGAGCCAUGCUGCUGGAUGACUUACCGGCAGCACCGAGACGCCGAGGAGGCGCUGGACAGCUUUGGCGGAGGGGCCCCCGACAUAUGCAACGACGAGGGGGACGCAGACGGCAUGGGGGAUCCAGGGGACGGCGACGAGGAGCUGGAGAUGACCAGACGGCUGGCGCUGGGGGACUCGCCCGAUGCCAGGUCCAUGGGGCUGUGGCGGCGCUGGCAGCGGCGCGUGUGGGCGCUCUUUGAAGACCCCUACUCCUCCAAAUAUGCAAGGUGGGUGGCCUUCGUGUCACUCUUCUUCAUCCUGGUGUCCAUCACUACCUUCUGCCUGGAGACGCACGAGGCCUUCAAUCCCAUCAUCAACCGCACAGACGAGAUCGAAGUGGACAACGUGACGUUGCAGCGCGUGUACCUGGAGACCGAGACUGUCGUCUACCUCACCUACAUCGAGGGCGUGUGUGUGGUGUGGUUCACCUUUGAGUUCCUCAUGCGUGUGACUUUCUGUCCAGACAAGCUGGAGUUCAUCCGGAACACCCUGAACAUCAUUGACUUUGUGGCCAUCUUGCCCUUCUACCUGGAGGUGGGCCUGAGCGGCCUGUCUGACAAAGCGGCCAAGGACGUGCUGGGCUUCCUGCGGGUGGUCCGCUUCGUGCGGAUCCUGCGGAUCUUCAAGUUGACCCGUCACUUCGUGGGGCUGCGGGUCCUGGGCCACACGCUCCGGGCCAGCACCAACGAGUUCCUUCUGCUCAUCAUCUUCCUAGCAUUGGGCGUGCUGAUCUUCGCCACCAUGAUCUACUACGCCGAGCGCAUCGGUGCCAAACCCAAUGACCCGCGGGCCAGUGAACACACGCACUUCAAGAACAUCCCCAUUGGGUUCUGGUGGGCCGUGGUGACCAUGACCACCCUGGGCUACGGGGACAUGUAUCCACAGACCUGGUCGGGCAUGCUGGUGGGGGCUCUGUGUGCCCUGGCUGGGGUGCUGACCAUCGCCAUGCCUGUACCUGUCAUCGUCAACAACUUUGGGAUGUACUAUUCCUUGGCUAUGGCCAAGCAGAAGCUACCAAAGAAAAAGAACAAGCAUAUUCCCAGAGCCCCACAGCCCGGUUCCCCCAAUUUCUGUAAGUCGGGCAUAAACUCGCCCCACCACAGCACGCAGAGUGACACCUGCCCCCUGGCACAGGAAGAAAUGUUAGAAAUGAACAGAGCAGAUCCCAAAGCGAAUGGCGAGGCAGCUAAGGCAGCGCUGGCCAACGAAGACUGUCCUCAUAUAGACCAGGCCAUGUCGCCUGAGGACGCCCGGGUCAUUAGCCCAUCCGACAGAAGCGAGCAGCCGUGCUUCCUCCUAACCGCGGCCAAGCGGCCCAGCCACGCGGGGGGACAAGUGAGGAAGGCUACCCUGAACCAUUUCACAGCUUCACAGCCCCCCACCCCCAAACUCCAGCAUACAGAACACCAAACGGCAGGAUCCCCAACACCAUCGCCUCCCUACACCUUGCCCAGCCCCGCCCUCCCUGGGGCGGACCUUGGGAGAGGCCCCGCCCCCUCUCAGCUCCCAGCUGUACCCUCUGCUGCAGCUAAAGUGGGUGCACUGCCAAGAGGACAGUUGUGCUAAGCUAACACACUGAGGCCCUGCCCACGCCACAAUGACAUCCAAUCGUCUGGCACCGAAGGCCAUCCCAACUAGCAAUGAGACUCCGUGCACCUGGCACUGAGACCCCACCCACAUUCAGCGUGUCACCAGUCACUCAGCACUGCAGCCCCUCCCACUGGAGACAAUUAAAGGGCCGUGCAAGAUUAUUUUAGAUGAUAAGGCUGAGGCAAUCCCUUAGCACAGGGUGUGGGUCAGACGUGAGACAAAGCAAGAUGGAUGAUGCUCAGUAACCUUUAAACUGGGCUCCAACCUUUAAACUGAGGACAGUUAAUGGGAACCCAUCCUGACGAGGAAGCCCUGGUCCGCUCACAGCCGGUACUCCCAUGGCAGAGUGGAGGUAGGAUGCUUGUCCCCCACCCACAGACCAUGUCCCCCUGCCCCUACGGCCUCAUCCUGGCUCAGGACUCAACCAGAAAUGCAGAUUCCAGCAGAUCCCCACUAAAAAGUUGGGUUUAUCACUCAUGCCAAGUACCUUCCUCAACUAGGGACACCACAGCUGUGGGAAGAAAGCAGUUCAAUGCUGACAUAGAGAGGAUACAUGUGGCCUUAGUCUUUUUGUCAACUUGACUGCAGUAAACAGGCUUCUGGAACUCUUCAUUCAAACUGAGCAUGCUCCAGGUUCAAGGUCUUUAUGCAACAAAAUGCUUCCAUCUCUGUUUGCUAGCCUAGGCUCAAACACAACCAUCGCACAAUUUCCUAGCUCGUCAUCUCUGUCAAACUACAUUACCCAUAAUUCAGCACUCAUGCCACACAUGCUCAGUUGUACGAAUGAAAGUCCCAGCAAUUCUGGAGCAGGAAUAAAUGCCACUGGUUUUCAUUUAGUUCAGUUUCUGAUAUUUACAUUUGCUAUGAAUCAGUUCUUUGACUGAAAUUUAAAAAAUAUUUACAACAUUCACAGAUUCAAUACUAUGAGAGGGAACAAAUUAAAGUUCAGGUGUUCAAGUGAAACAUGAUUUGAUGUCUCUGUCCAUACAUAUGUAUUUGUGGUGUGAGUAUCAGUCUGUGUGAGCGUGUGCCUGAUGUUUGGUGUGUGCAUGUCCUCAGACUGUCCGUGGUCUGCAUGCAUUCUGCCCCGCUCACGGCUGGUGUCACAGUGGUGAUAGACGUGGGCCCCCAAACGUGUCACGUACUAAAGCUUUUUGAGCAGUUGGCUGGCGCCCACUCGUGCUGAUGGGGCAUGAUGGACAGACCUAGAUGGCAGCUCAGUACACACAAAUUUCAAGAUUUAGUUUGAUUGGAUAUUGCAUCAAAAUUGAAUUCGGCUCAGGGUGAGAGGUACUUGAGGAAUUUCACCCUCACCGGCUAUAAAGAUGUGUCAUGUGACAGGAAACACUAUGCUAAAGGUCGUCACCAAAGCGUGUGGCCACCUGCUGCCGGUUUCAUGCCGAUUCAGACACCCAGGCGGAUGCGGGAUGUGGGUGGUCCGGUGGGAUUUACCCUCAGGACCAUCGUCAGCCCGCUGCAGGCCCUCUGUGACCCCCGACACCAGCCCUCCCCCCGCCCCCGCAUGCCGGGGUCCUGGUUGCGCACAGUGCAUGCAGGAUGCAGCUGUUGAGCAGGCUGCUCUGUUUUUUAUCAGACUGUAAUUGAACAGAUGAGAGGAGAUACCAGAAAUGAAAAGCACACCUAUUGUCACAUUGACCCUGUGCAAGGAGCCAUCACUGCAUUGCUGGUGAGGGCCGAAACACCCCAAGAAAGUCAUCGGCGCUUGUGGCGCCGCCCUACAGGCCAUGCUGGAGGUCCUCUCGCACCCACAUUUGCUCCCACCAGCUGCCCUCGCCUACAAUGUGUCGCCUUUGUUUGUUUCAUUCUCGAUCUGUUCCUUUUAGAUUUUCACCCCCCCCCCCUCCCCCUUUAGCAUCUCACGCCCCCGAUAUCCUCAUUUGUAUCACGUGUCUCCAAACAAGACAAUAAAAACAACAUAACAGGCCACACUUGCGCGCAUCUGGGGAGGGCCGAGGUCCAGGUCACGCAGCGAGUGCCACCGUCAAGAGGUGCACCCCCUGCAGGCCCCCCCCCCCCCCAGGCAGUGCUUCCCCACGCGAGCAGUUUGGUUCUGCGCUGAAAGCAGUUUUGUCAGAGCCAGCAAAUAUCAAACUUGCAAUCCAGAGUCCCGAAGAGCGGCCGUGUCAGGAAGCUGACGUCUCUGGAGCUGUCUGGUGCUGCUGGCUCUUAUUUUAUAGUGUUCAGCUAUAAAUCCUCGUGCCCUUUUCAUUUCCAUCACAAAUACACGUUUUACAUCUUCUUUAACACACAUGUGCACCACCUGACAGACCACACUAAAUCCCCCCCCCCUCCCACAAGCAGGAAUGGAGCCCUUUUAAUUGCCCCCUCCCAGUUUUACUUCUCCCUGUGAUGUGCCUCUUUGUAAAAGCCCCCUUUUGAAUGCGACGGCUCCCCCCCCCCCCAACGAGUCCCGUGCCGGUGUGCGGAUUGCAGGUGCAUGGCUGCGCCCGGUGCAUGGACCGUACCGCCCCCCCUCGGUGCAUUCUCUCUCUCUCUCUCUCUCUCCCCCACCCCCAGCCACAUCUCUACCUCUCUCUCUGUCCCCCAUCCUCUGUUUUCCGGAUCUUUCUUCCAAUGACGUGUCAGACGCCGUCUCUCGCUCUUCUCUUUCUCGCUCCGGCGCCGCCGCCGUUGCUCUGGUUGCCGACACCCAGCCUUUGCGAACGCGUCGACGCUGAACACGGCCCCCGCGCCGCCAGUCACAGACCCCCGUAAAGAGGAGGCCGUCCUCGUUAAGUAUAUACAAGCUGAAACCGUGAGAGUGACCUGAAGCCAAUCUGCCUGUUUCUGAGAGGAGGACGCUGCUUUAAUGCCCCCCCCCCCCCCCCACAAGGCAAGGGGACACGUUGGACUUGGGGUCAGAUAGACAGAGAGAGAGAGAGAGAGAGAGAGAGAGAGGGAGACAGAAAAAGUGAGACGGUGUGAUGGGGUACCUUAAAGAGCCACUUAUCUCAAAGGACAAAGUUAGUUUGUCUCUUUUUCGGAGAGAAAAGGAGGAAGACUUCUUUCCAAAUCUUGGCGAGUAUGGGACUUUUUUCGUCAAGAGGGGACAAUUCAUGGACAGUCCCACACAGACGCUGAAGAGGAACGCGAGAGGCACCAAGAUAACGCACGUAGUACACAGAGAAACAUAACUGCGAAUUACACCAUUAGCGAUAACACGUUUAAUGUCAGGAAUCUGACUGUAGAAGACACCUAUUUGUUUAUUAAGCAUGAGUUGCAUGGGAAAAUUAAAAGAAAAUAUUGUUAUGAAUAUAUGUAAGAACAAAAAAAUAUAUAUUUUCUCUCAGAAGUUCCUUACUUUUACAUACCUUUGAUGUAGCCAAAAUAUAUGAUAAUAGAGAGCGUGUAGAUGCUGUUUUUUAGCCGUCCUUCCUGUCGGUAAUUUUGUAUCGAAUGACACCUGUGUCACAGAGGCAGCUUGGGUCAUAUUGACCACCCCUCUUUACCGCAUCAGACACUAACACCAAGGGCACAAGUGGAUGAAAACAGUCUCUGUGUUGUUUCACAAGAAAAAAUCAUUUAGGACGUUUUUGUUGGCAUGCUUGUGUCCCUGGAUCUAACGGAAAAAAAAACAGCUGGGGAAAAACAUCAGACUUGAUUUUACUUUUUCCCUGUUAUUUGCUGUAAUUACUAAUGAAUAGAUCCCUUGUGAAAACUUUAUUACAGUGAGACAUUGUUCAUAUCGCAUUACGUAUGGACUUUCAACGGUGUUAUUUUUGACAAAAAAAAAAGCAAGAAAAGACCAAAAACAUGCAAAAAAUAUAAAACAUAAGUGUAAGUCCUGGUCCUAACAGAAGGACGAGGCUGUGUUUUAAUUGCUUAUCUCUCAGUCAGACUUAAAAGAAAAAUGUUUUAUGCGCAGUGUAUGCAAUUUAGUACUUGAGAGAAAGCAGAUGCAUGUACUAUGUUAUGCAAACUAGGUAACUGCAGUAAGUAACAGAUUAAUACUAAUAAUUCUAGCAUGAAAUAAAUUUUUUUAUGAACAGCG